AUGUCUUCGCUACGUCGGGUACUCCUUAUCAGUCUCGGCAACCCGGGCAACCUACGUUCAACGUACCACUCUGCCGGACACAUCGUGCUAGAGUCUCUCCAGAGGCAGUUAGGCCGAGACCAGCCUGCGUUUGGAGAUAUGCGGUAUGGCAAAGCUUCGGCUCUCGUUUCAAUCGGUUACCGAUACACGCUCGUGCAGAGCCCAACCUCAAUGAAUGUCUCCGGCCCAUGGGUGUCAUCGGCGAUCCGACAACACUUCGAGGACAACAUGCUCAGCCAAGAAGAGGGUGCAGUUCUGCUGGUGCACGACGAUCUCGAGUUGGACCUUGGGGUCGUCAAGGUCAGGAAGUGGGAUAGCAGCCACAAAGGGCACAACGGGGUGAAGAGCGUUCAAGCCUCGCCCAGCAAGUUUGUCCAAGGCUCCGCGGCGAAGACAGCACGGCUGUGUGUGGGAAUUGGUAGGCCCGAGGGGCGGGACAAAAGAACCGUGUCAGACUUCGUGCUAAGCCGUAUUCCCAAGUAUGACAGGUCUGUCUUGGAGGGGAAGGCAACUCAAAAGGUGUUUGAGGCGCUCUCUGAGUUGGAGAGGAAGUGGUAG